AUGGCCGCAUAUGCCGACUCGAUUGGGGAGCAGUUGGGUUGCCCUCUCUGCCACAACCGAUUUGACGACCCUCGAAUACUGCCAUGUCUUCAUUCCUUUUGCAAGCGAUGCCUUGAGCAGGCUACACGGGACCAGGGUCCCUCCCCGUCUCUGCCAGGACAGGAGUUUUCGGGACCCCUAGAAUGUCCAACUUGUCACCAGGUCGCCCCUUUAAAUUCAGGGGGGAUCGACAGCUUGCCUUCCAACUUAAUCGUGUCAAACAUAUUUGACGUAAUGGUUUCAACACAACAUGAUAUAGAAGACUCAUCUCUAGAUUUGGAACGACAGCGGCCCAUAACAGGUGCGAAAUGGUGUAACUCGUGUGACGAGGGAAGCAAAGCAACGUGUGUUUGUAAGAACUGUAGCGAGUACCUGUGUGAUAACUGUGUACGGGCACAUCAGAGAGUUAGGCUCACUAAAGAUCACUUCAUUGAACGCUUUUCGAUGUUAAAUCUACAAUCAAGCAGCAUUUUACAUCUAGGUACAACAUGUCAACCUCGACUAAGUUCACCAUCAAUGCAACAACAACAGCAGCAACAGGAGUACCAGCAACAAAAACAGCAGGAAUACCAGCAACACAAGCAACAGGAAUACCAGCAACAAAAGCAACAAGCGGUAGCUCUCCCAGAUCGACAGGACAGUUACUGUUCUCGACACGAACAUGGAAUAUUGCGAUUAUACUGUGAUACCUGUUCUAGGGCAAUAUGCGGAGAUUGUACCAUGAAUGAGCAUGUUGGACAUAACUUCAUAUACCUUCAAGAUGCAAUUGAUAAUUCCAAAACUAUAACAUUGAAACUUCUCGCAGAUGCCAAAGCAGGGAUCAAAGCUCUUGAAGAAAGUAUUGAGCUCACUCAGGGAAUGGCCGAGCGUGUGGAAGUUAGAACUCAGGCAGUUACAACAGAAGUGAGAACUAUCAUUCGCAGACAUAUGGCAGCGCUGGAGGAGAGGGAACGUGAUUUAUUGAGGCGUGUGGAAAAAAUUCGUCAGGUCAAAGGAAAAUCACUACAUAUACAGGUUGAUGAUCUUAAACAGGGACUUUCUUCACUUAUGCAAACAGUCAGUGAAGUUGAAAAACUUCUAAAUACGGGUACGCAGAUUGAUAUACUCAAAACCAAAGACCAAAUGGUAGCAGAAAUGCAGAAUGUUCGAAAAUUGCGUGGGCAUUUGCAGCCACAUGAGGAUGACUGUAUCAUGUUUACACCUCCAGAUUUGGCCCUAUACAAUGCUAUCGGCAAGAUGGGAAUCAUUAGUAGUAGUGCAUAUGCACCAAAUUGCAUCGCUACAGGUGACGGGCUUAAGAAGGCUUUAAAAGGGAAGAUGUCACUUUUUAUGAUUCACACAAAAGAUCAUCAUGGAGAGCCUCGUGUGAUUGGCGGGGAUCCAGUGGAAUGUAUCAUUCAUAGCUCUGAUGGUGCUUUCUACCGGGCAGAAGUCAUAGAUAGACAAAAUGGCACAUAUGCAGUCACAUAUCGUCCACAAUUAGAGGGACAGCAUAUCAUAUCAGUGACAAUACAUGGCAAACACAUAGCAGAGAGCCCAUUCACUGUCAAUAUACGUAGUGGGCGGAACUACGCAACAAUUGGACCAAUGUUGUUCGAAUUUGGAGGAGAGGGAGAGGUAGAAGGAAAGCUGUGUCGACCUUGGGGCGUUUGUUGUGACCGUGACGGAAAUGUUGUUAUUGCAGAUCGAAGCAACAACCGUAUCCAAGUCUUUAACUCUGAUGGCACAUUUUGUCACAGGUUCGGAACCUCUGGAACACGAAAUGGACAGUUUGAUCGCCCAGCAGGAGUCGCAUGUGAUAAUCAAGGGCGGAUAAUCGUGGCAGACAAAGACAACCAUAGAGUGCAGAUUUUCACAAUCGACGGAACAUUUCUGCUGAAGUUUGGUGAAAAGGGAAAUAAGAAUGGCCAGUUUAAUUACCCUUGGGAUGUAGCUGUCAACAACGAUGGCAAGAUUCUGGUGUCAGACACCAGGAACCAUAGAGUUCAACUUUUUUCACCAGAUGGACAGUUUGUGAACAAAUACGGGUUUGAAGGAUCUCUUUGGAAACAUUUUGAUUCACCACGUGGUGUGUGUUUCAACAAUGAGGGUCACAUGGUGGUCACCGAUUUCAACAAUCACCGACUUUUGGUAAUCCACCCAGACUUCCAAACAGCUCGGUUUUUAGGAACUGAGGGCAGUGCCAAUGGUCAAUUUCUGCGACCACAAGGUGUGGUAGUAGACCAAGAGGGAAAUAUCAUUGUAGCUGAUUCUAGGAAUCAUCGUAUUCAGGUGUUUCAACCAAAUGGCAAUUUCCUAUGUAAAUUCGGAACACCUGGAGCAGGCCCAGGACAACUUGAUCGUCCCUCUGGUUUGUGCGUCUCUCCUGAAGGUUAUAUUAUUGUGGUGGACUUUGGAAACAAUCGCUUACAGGUAUUUUAA